AUGGGGCAUGUACCGCGACGCCGCCGAGUGGCAAAACUACUCUUCAUGUUCCACCCCGGCGCCUAUAUAACCACAUCAUGGACGCAAGGUCGCCUCGACGACUUCAUCGCAUCCUCCAAAGAAGGCUUCGAGAAACAAACGCCACAUGGUCCGUUCCCGUACAUUCUGCAUCGCAUCUGCGGCCAGACAGUCGAUGUACAAGGCGACCGGGCGAUAAGUAAAAUGAAAGUCACAAUCGCAUGUCGUAUCAUGCUUGAUGGCAUCGAAAUGGACAAUGAAGCAGAUACCCGCUUCUUCUUCUUCCUCUCGAAGAACGACGCUGGGAAAUGGGGUGUUAAUUUCAUGACUCUAUUGUUCGAUAAGGAUAAGAUGGUUCCUGUGGUGCCGGGGAAGGCGUUCGAUGUGCCUGAGGAAGAGGUCAAGCAGUAUCCGAGUGGGUAUCGGUAUCUGGCUUGGGCGGAGAGUAAGGCGGGGAGGCCGCCGAAGAUGGAUUUGAAUGCGCAUGGGCCGGAGAGGGAUGUGCUGUAUGGGAAGUGUAAGGUGUGGUUAGAGGGAGGGGAUGUUAGGCCGAAUCUUACGGGGGAGGAUUUUGAGGAGUGGUGA